AUGGCUGACACGGAUCAGAGAAACAGAGUGGUAUUUCUUGGUGCAGGGCGUGUGGGCAAGACAGCCAUCUUGAAACGGUUUCUUUUCAACACCUUCACUCCGGACUACAAGGAAACAGUGGAGGAUCUGUUUGUACGAGACUACAACAUUCCCAUGCGACGUCUGUCCAUCACCACAGCUCAUGCUUUUGUACUGGUCUAUUCCAUCACCUCGCAGGAGUCCUUUGAGGAAGUCAAGAAGUUGUGGGCACAGAUACAGGAGGAGAGAACCAAAUACAAGGUCAGAUCAUUGUGUUCACGUGAAUACCCUGUGACAGUUGAAUUCUUGUAUAAUAGACAAUUUGGUGUAUUCUGUCACAAUCAUAGGAUAGUGAAGGAUGUAAUGUUCGCACAGUGA